UGGUGGUGAGGGAACACACCCUCUCCCACUUACUGUAUAUGUACACGGCUGUUGAAUAAACGGGGACGCUUUCCGCUCCCCUUGCUUGGAGCCUCUGGUCAUGUCUUGCCUGCGGCACCGCACGAGACAUGGUGUCAGAAGUGGGAUGAACGCCGACGUCCAGUCUUGGUGGACCGACAAUUAUACUACAAGACCAGCCCCAUUGACUUCCUGAAGCCACCAGGCCCGCUGAGCUUGGCUGGUGAAAUUGCCAAGAACUGGCAGGCAUUCGAGCAAAGGUUCGAAUUUUCGAGAUGGAGUCCUCUUAAAAGGGUGCAAAGUUGUAAUUCCAACUACGAUGAGGAACAAAACUUUGGAACGCAUUCGUCAAGGUCAUCUGGGCAUCAAUAAAUGCAAAUCACAGGCCAGGCAUCUCGUCUUCUGGCCAGGAAUAAACUGUAACAUAGAAACUUUCGCACAGGCGUGUUCUGCAUGCAAAACGUACGCUUACAGACAGCCCCAAGAGCCGUUAAAGUUACGACCAGUACCUGAUAAACCGUGGCAUCGUGUCGGCAUCGUUAUUUUUGAGCAUGGUGGACGGUCAUACCUGUGCGUCUACGACGCAUUAUCAAACUUUCCUGAAGUACGGCUGCUAAAAGAUACUACCGCGAAGACGGUCAUUGAAGCAACAAGUGCAAUCUUUGCUAGAUACGGCAUACCAGUUGAAGGUUGUUCGGAUAAUGGCCCACAAUUUUCUAGCCACGCUUUAGCUGCAUUUGCCCGAAGGUACGACUUCAACCACACCACUUCCAGCCCUCGGUACCCCCAGUCCAACGGUCUGGCGGAAAAAGAUCUACUCCAAUGGAAUCCGGACCAUCACCUGGCGAAGUACUUCAAGGAAGACGACUACGGACAAUGUUGCCCGACGUCCGGCCCUGCCCAGGCCGCAGCGUACAGAAGCAUCGUCAGACCGACCGUUGCAGCCGACGACUACCACCACUCAACCCCCGAGAUACGCUACGCAUCAAAGAAGGGGAGUGGGCCACCAAAGGUCAAGUCGUUCAAGCUGCGACAUAUCCCCGGUCGUAUAACAUAAUCACUGAAGGCGGCACAUUCCUGCGGCACAAUCGGCGACAUCUGCUGCCUACAAGAGAAGCUUUUCGACAAAGAGGACUUUGUGACUCCGAGGAAGACCUCCGUCAAGGGGCUGACGGAAGACCUUCACCAUACAGCAGCAACAGUGCCGCUGAGUCACCGGCCACAACUGGCCGCAUUCCCGCCUCAUCCAACGCUCCUGCAUGCUUGCAGCAGAACCAAGAACCUGUGUUCAGAAGGUCAACCCGAGAGCGAAGGCCCCCACAGAGGCUUACUUAUAAUCGAAGCUUUGUGCAAGUUCCCUAAAUCGCGUGCUCAAUGUUCGUUUCUACUAAUGUUCUUUCCUGUGUUUCUUUUUUCCUCCUUUGAAAGAAAAGGGGAUGUA